AUGGAAGAUGCUGAGCUGUCUGCCGCCUCGGCAGCUCCGUCCGAACCGACCAUAGCGUACACUCGCAAGGCGCCUCCCCGAGCCCAGCCUGGAUCAGGCCACCUCCACCUCUCCCACCCCCACCGCGCCCGCUUCUCCUCCCUCUCUGCCUCCUAUCCCCUCAAGCUCCUCGCUCCCGACGCGCUCUCCUCCCAGCCUCCACAUAUAGCCAUCUGCUAUACGCUAGCAUACGGGGGCGGGCUCGUAGCGGGCGACGUUGUCUCUCUGCGGGUCGAGGUGGAUGCGGGAUGCGGCCUCAUCUUGUUGACGCAGGGAAGCACAAAGCUGUUCAAGCAUCGUCCUGGACUCCGACCUCUUUCGCAUCAGAUUAUACGCCAGCCUAUACACUCCGCCGGCGUGGACUCAUCCCUCACUCGUCAGCGACUUCAUGUCGAGCUCAAACCCCACUCAUUCCUCUUCCUCCUCCCCGACUCGGUCUCCCCCUUCCGCGGCUCUCGGUAUAGCCAGGCCCAGCGUUUCGUCCUCCCGGUGUGUCGGACGGCAUCUAUAGUCAUCCUCGACUGGUUCAACUCGGGACGGGGACAACGGCGGACAGAUAGGCUGUCAAUCAAGGCGGACGACGAAGAGAUCUGGGCAAUGGAGUAUUAUGCCUCGACGAACGAGGUAUUGGUGGGGGAUACGGCGGUCAUGCGGGAGAGGAUGGUACUGGACAAUGAUACGGAGACGACCAGUGUUGGUCUAAGCAGGACUGCCAAGCAUCUAUCGCCAUACCAUGUCUACGCUACCGUCCUUAUCCUCGGUCCCCAUACCGCCUCCCUUCGCACCCACCUUCAACGCCUCUCCCUCGCUACGUCGCAGAUGCAGGUCAGCCGCCCAAGCGAGCUGCUAUGGGCGUAUAGUCCGACCGAUGAGCAGGGAGGGGUGUUGAGGAUGGCGGGUAAGGAAGUGGAGGAGAUCAAGGGGUGGUUGAGGGAGGCGAUGGCGGGCGGGGGUAUGAAGGAGUUGGUGGGGGAUGGACUUUGGCCUAGGGUCAUAUAG